AAAACACGAGUAAACGGGAAAUCAGAAUCUGUCAGGAUCCUCGUGGACAGUGGCGUCAUCAGCGUUCUGUUCGCUGAUUGGUUGUCAGUGUAUGAGCCGUUGAUACGAGCAGCACACUUCAGCUAGCACGCCUAGAGCUACUUCCUAAAAGCGUCGGUCUGAUCUCAACCUGAGCAGAUGAACCGAGCUCUUGAGUAUCAAACAGACUCACGGUGAACGAGGACCUUAGGUGCCACACGAGUGAGCAAACAGCGCCCGCGCACAUCAGAUUUUCUGCCAUGUCUGUCAAACGGGAGGACGUCCUGAAGGAUGAAAAUCUGAUCACAAAUAUAGAGGAGGUAGCAAAAGACACAGCACUUUUACAUGGGGUGUUGAUGAGGACCAAAGAAACGCCAAACUCUCCUGAAGUGGCGAGUUAUGCACCGUUCACGUUGUUUCCCACACCGGUGCCCACAGUACUCUUUCAUCAGGCUCUGGCAGUACAGACACAUUUUAACCGACUGGUGGACCGGGUCAGCCAGAAUCCUGGCUUCCUAGAGGAAACUCUGGCCAGCACCAUCAAAGUUGACAAUUUUACAGCAAGACUUUUCAACAUAUACAAACAAGUUCAGCAUGAACAUCAUCCCCAGUCAAUAGUGCUGGGCUUGAAUCGCUCAGACUACAUGUUGGACCACAGUCCAGACGGUGGGACGUCUUUGAAGCAGAUUGAAAUCAACACUAUUGCUGCAAGUUUUGGUGGUCUUGCGUCACGGACACCAGAUGUCCAUCGGCACAUUCUGAAGGUCGCAAACCUGCCAGAGGAGUGUAAUAAUGUGCUCGACAACAACCCAGCAGCAGGUCUGGCCAGAGGUUUGGCCAAAGCCUGGGAGCUCUAUGGAUCUGAGAGGGCAGUGGUUAUGUUUCUGGUCGAGGACGUUCAGAGGAAUAUUUAUGACCAUCGAUAUGUUGAGAAUGAGCUGUGGAAAAGAAAUAUUCCUGUAAUAAGAAGACAGUUUGAAGAUGUUUGCAGAACUGGAUCCCUGGAUGAGAGCAAGAGGCUCUUUGUAGAUGGUCGUGAGGUCGCCAUUGUCUACUUCCGUAACGGAUACAUGCCCCAAAACUACACCUCAGAGAAGAGCUGGGAGGCCCGUCUGAUGAUGGAGCGCUCUCUGGCUGUGAAGUGUCCAGACAUCAGUACCCAUCUCUCCGGUACUAAGAAGGUGCAGCAGGAAUUGGCCCGGCGGGGGGUUCUGGAGCGCUUCUUCCCUGACGAACCUGAAACAGUUGCUCAGAUUCGGGCCACUUUCGCUGGGCUGUACACCCUGGACAUGGGAGAAGAAGGUGAUAAAACAGUAGCAAUGGCUUUGGCCAAUCCAGACCGGUAUGUGCUGAAGCCUCAGAGGGAGGGAGGUGGUAACAACAUUUACGGCAGUGAGAUCUGUGAAGUGCUAGAGAACCUGAAGAACUCCACUGAGAGGACGGCUUACAUCCUGAUGGACAAGAUCCAGCCCGUCCCGGUCCAGAACUACCUGCUCAGGUCCGGAGCUCCUCUGAGACUGAACUCUUGUCUGAGUGAACUGGGCGUGUUCGGAGCGUAUGUCAGGAAAGGCAAAGACAUGGUGUUUAAUGAGUGCGUGGGCCACCUGCUGAGGACCAAGAGCUCAGAGCAUGCUGAUGGGGGAGUGGCUGCAGGAGUAGCAGUACUGGACAACCCACUGCUGGUGUGAACUACAGCACCACCUACUGGACCAUACGGCUGACGUCAGGGGAAUUCAUCAUCCCUGUGAUUGAUUUUCUACCUGGCAUCUGUUUUAUCAAAGGUUUAGUGUGUUAAAUAUCUCCUACAGAUGCAGUAAUCAGUGGGGAGCACUUAUGACUGAACUGUUCAUUUCAUGCACAUUUUAUACCUCAUUCAAGGGUUAAUCUGUUGAAGUGUGUGAGAAGUAAUCAUUGAUGUUUUAUAAAAUAGAUUUUUAUUGUUGUUUUUUUGGUUACUUUAACUGGAAGUGGUUUUAUUAAACUACACUGGUAGCCAACUUCCAUGACCAGACACAAU